ACGACGAGCAGAAGAGAAGCGCGGGACUCCAAGAGCUGAAAUCUGACACAUACUAUUAAAUAUUGAGUUUAUUAAAGAGGAGGUUGAAGACAUGAGGGAUCCAGAAUAACCACCCAGAAUAAAACAUGAAGAUACUGAGGAACAAACAGAUCUGGUCCUGUGGGUCUCAGUAUCAGACAAUGAUCAGUGAAGCCCCUCCCACAACAAUUCACCUAUAAAUACUGGAGAAUAUUCACAUCAUCCUACAAGAGAAGAACAAGCUCCAGGUGAAGCAGCUGAAAUCUGUGACUGUUAAAGACAGAGUUUGUUAAAGAGGAGAUUGAAGACAUGAGUUAUUCAGAACCAUCCAGAAUAAAACAUGAAGAUACUGAGGAACAAACAGACUUGGCUGAAAUAAAACAGCAAAGAGUGAAGCUGAAAGAAGUGGAGGAGGAAAAAUCAAGAAAAAAAGUCAAACAGCUGCACACCUGCUCACAGUGUGGAAAGAGUUUCAGAAAAAAAGAAAACCUUAAUGUGCACAUGCGAAUCCACACUGGAGAGAAACCAUACACAUGCCCUCAGUGUGGAAAGAGUUUUACUGCAGCAGCAGGUCUCAGUUAUCAUCUGCACAUUCACUCUGGAGAAAAGCCAUUCAACUGUGAUCAGUGUGGAAAAAAGUUUAUUUCAUCAUCAAUUCUAAAACAACACCAAAAAGUUCAUUCAGAUGAGAAGCCUCAUGUGUGUACUUUCUGUGGAAAGACUUUCAUAAAAAAGGGAAAUCUUAAUGUGCACAUGAGAGUCCACACUGGAAAGAAACUGUACACAUGCCCUCAGUGUGGAAAGAGUUUUACUGCAGCAGCAGGUCUCAGUUAUCAUCUGCACAUUCACUCUGGAGAAAAGCCAUUCAACUGUGAUCAGUGUGGAAAAAAGUUUAUUUCAUCAUCAAUUCUAAAACAACACCAAAAAGUUCAUUCAGAUGAGAAGCCUCAUGUGUGUACUUUCUGUGGAAAGACUUUCAUAAAAAAGGGAAAUCUUAAUGUGCACAUGAGAGUCCACACUGGAAAGAAACUGUACACAUGCCCUCAGUGUGGAAAGAGUUUUGCUGAUUCAUCAGGUCUCAGUUAUCAUCUGCACAUUCACUCUGGAGAAAAGCCAUUCAACUGUGAUCAGUGUGAUAAAAAGUUUAUUUCAUCAUCAUGUCUAAAACAACACCAGAAAGUUCAUUCAGAUGAGAAGCCUCAUGUGUGUUCUUACUGUGGAAAGAGUUUUUCACGGCUGAACAGUUGUAAACUGCACCAGAAAACACAUAAUGAAGUGAGAGAUCACAUGUGCUUUGAGUGUGGGAAGAGCUUUACUGUAGCUGCCGUUUUGACAAGACACCAAAGAAUUCAUACUGGAGAAAAACCUUACAAGUGCUCAUAUUGUGACAAGAGUUUCACUGUGUCUGGAAGCCUGAAAAGGCAUGAAGGACUUCAUACUGGAGAGAAGCCGUAUCACUGUACUCAGUGUGGAAAGAGUUUCACUCGGUUAAGAAUUCUAGUGACUCAUAUUAAAAAGCAUUGUUCUGUGUCAGAGUGAGCAAAUGUUUUCUACAGAUUCAAUAUUUCUAGUCAAUAAUGUGAGAUUCAGAUACUGUAAAUGUGCAAUUAGCUCAAAUAAACUAGUUUUGUUGUGAA